GUCCCUGGCGGCUCCUAGCAACGGCGCGAGGGCGGGUAAACAACGGCCAUGGAGGAGGCGGCCGGCGCCGAGGCGUCCUUCUGCCUGCAGAAAGUUACUAUAACAGAUGACUCUGAAGAUGAUUAUCAGUAUGAAGAGGUUCCAGCAGAUGAUGAAUUUAGUGUUCAGGAAGGUGAUGAAGAUCUGUCGAAGGCUCUGCAGACUAUUCAAGAGCAGGCUGAAGAUGCCCAAAUUUUAGCAUCGCGAUCAGUUCUGUCGUCUGAGAAAUCAGUUUCUGAAAUACCUGAAGCAGUGGAUGACUUCCUUUGCAACUUCUUGGUCAGACUGGGCAUGUCCAGAACCCUUGACUGCUUCCAGACUGAAUGGUAUGAGCUGAUACAGAGAGGUGUGUUCACAGCCCAAGAUGCUGGAUUGGUUCCAACUGUGUAUACCCGCAAUCAGCAACUGGAGACUGAGAAUAUGCAUUUGAAGAAGGAUUUGGAAAACUAUAAGCUUGCUGCGAACAAAGCAAAAGAGGCUUUCCUAAAAAUGCAGAAAGAACGUGAUUUUCAUCGAAUGCAUCAUAAGCGAGUGGUCCAAGAGAAAAACAAACUUAUUUGUGACAUUAAAAGGCUGAAAACACAUUAUGCAUCAUAUGAACCAGUGCUGAAGCAGCUGACUGAAAAAUACCAGACUACACUGAGACAGAAAAUGUUAACUAGUUUGGAGAGAGACAGAGCAAUUGGGCAGGUUACAGGUUUGCAAGCUACAUUACAAAAUUCAGUAUGUGGACGUGCCAUUCAGAUUCCUGUGACAAAAGGCCAUGAAUGUGGAAGGAAGAAAGGGCUGGAAGGUCCCACACAGAAAGCUCUUCAGGAAGCCAGGCAACAAAAAAUCGGUGAUGCUGAAAGCUCUUCAUAUGAUCCAGUCAAAGAUCCAAUGAACAAGAUGGGCAAGAGAUAUCCAAAGGAUUCAGAGUUUCCUGCAGAUGAUCAAGUGAAGCCAUACCUUACUUAUGCUAAAGAAUAUACUCAGCCCCUGAAAUCUGGAGUGUAUAGAUUGAGCAACACUUUAAAAGCGCACGACUUAGCAGUGAGCUGCUUGGCUUUACAUCCCCGAAAAAACAUCGUGGCCACUGGCAGUGAUGACCGCCUCUGGAAAAUGUGGGCCUUCCCUAAUGGGAACAUCAUCAUGACAGGCGAAGGUCACACUGAUUGGCUUUCUGGCUGCUGCUUCCAUCCGAGUGGUACCCAGUUGGCCACCUCGAGUGGGGACACAACAGUUCGGAUAUGGGAUCUUUCGAAAGGCAAAUGCAUCCUGACUUUAGGAGGACAUGCCCAUGCCAUAUGGGACUGCUCAUGGCACUCGUGUGGUGAUUUUGUGGCUUCUGCUUCCAUGGACAGCACAAGUAAAAUAUGGGAUGUUAACAGGUUAUCCCAUCUUGGUGCUGAUUAUAGGAAGCAACUUGGACAGGAAGUGGCGGACGGAAGGACGAGUGGGAGAUGCCGACACACUCUGCGUGGCCAUAAGGAUUCAGUCAAUAGCACUGAGUUUCUUCCAUUCUCUAACACCGUUCUCACUAGCUCUGCUGACAAGACUUUAUCCCUCUGGGACACCAGAAUGGGACUCUGUGCUCACACCUUGCAUGGUCACCUACAUUCCUGUAAUCAUGCUACAUUCAACAUGAAGGGUGACACCAUUGCCUCCUGUGACUCCUGCGGGGUGGUGAAGCUGUGGGACGUUCGGAAGUUGGUCCCUGUGGCAUCCAUAGACGCAGGCCCACAUCCUGCCAACCAGGUCGUCUUUGAGCCCUCCGGUCGGACCGUGGCUCUGGCGAGCGGCGACGGCACUGUUAAGGUUGCGCAGCUCCUCUCGGGGCAGCUUUCCAGCCUGGCGGGCCACGAAGACGAAGUGCACAGCGUUAUCUUUGACCACAAGGCAGAGCACCUGCUUUCGGGGGGUGCCGACGGUACCCUUCGUCUCUGGACCUGAGGACCAGCCUGCCGUUUAAUGUAGGCUGAAUCUCGAGGCUUUACGGAAAAUGACUUGACAACAUCACAGCGACGGCUUAGUUAAGUGCUUUUACAGUUAACGUUUGCAGCGGGCAUAAUUGCCGGAGAGGAGUAUAAUUCUGCGUUUUAUCCAAAUAAAAUCCCCACUCUCUCCCUCU